GGCACACGGUGAUGCAGCUUGUCAGGAUGCUCUCGAUGGUGCCUCUGUAGAAGGUGUGCAUGAUGGGAGGCGGGGCUCCUGCUCUUCUCAGUUUGCGGAGGAAGUACAGGCGCUGUUGGGCUUUUUCGGCCAGUGAUGCAGUGUUGUGGUUCCAGGACAGGUCUUCAGAGAUGUGCACACCCAGGAACUUGGUGCUGCUCACCCUCUCCACUGCAGCACCGUCGAUAGUGAGUGGAGCAUGCUGGGUGUGCACUCUCCUGAAGUCCACAACAAUCUCCUUCGUCUUCUCCACUGCACUUGUAAGCCUAUCAUUUUAAUAGUGAUUUAACUUCUAGAUUGGAUUCAAAAGGUAAAGUAACUGCAUAUACCGGUGCUUUUUAAACCUCAGGAACAGAAACAUGUGUACAGAAAGCCGAUAAGCAACUAGCUCCGAGGUGGCUGUCAGGUGAAGCGGUGCCAUUGUGGCGCACGGUAGGAGGUAGAGGGAGCAUCCAUUCCUAGCAUUACUAUUCAAAUUAAAUCAUAUUUGUAAAAAGAAUAAUAGGAAACGGUGCAGCAUUUACUCGAACACACGUGUAACAGAGGAAUUACUUGGGCUGAACAACGCUGAACAAAAGCAUCACUGCCCUGCUUUCUUCUCCAUCUUCCAUCAUUACGCGCGUGUCAUUCCAAACAGGAUCGCAGCCCAGCUGACGUUUGCGUGAGAGGAGGAGUCGCCCGAAGUCCUUCAGGAUCCAGCAUCACUUUGAGAAAUGCUCAAGCACGUCACAGUCUCCAACUCCCGAGGUAUCCGAAGACACUUUGUUCACUAUCAGCAUGUUCGUCAGAUCAGUCUGAACUGAUAAAGGGAGUUUAGUGAAUGGGUGGGUCGGGAGCACAAUGAGUGUGAAGUGAACUAUGAAUUGAGGGCGCAAUGUUUUGAUGGAGAAGAACGUUUUAAGGAUCUCAGUGCUGGGCAAGUUGCAUCCAUAGGAAAGAAGAGACUUUCGGCGGGGAGACGCACUCUUCAGACGGACAGACGCGCAAAUUCUACGACCUGCUGCGGUGCGUUCAUUUAGCUGCCGACAACUUUUUAUUUACUUAUGGAUGAAAUAUAUAGUAAAAUGUCGUUAAAGUGACAAAUUAAAGUGUUGUUAGGUGGACGGCUUGUGGAUAUUUGACAGUAUUUGGAUACCUUGAGGGGUUCAACAACAGAAUAACUUCUCGGACAAGUCGCUUGAUUUUUUUCCUCCCAAUUUUCCAUUAAGCUGUUAUUUGUAUUAAAAGGAUCAGCAAUCAUACAAAAGUCAGACAUGGAAAUGAGCAACAGGUCCCUGCACAACCCCUCCAUCCUCCACGUGGAUUUCGGCCCGCUAAAUGACUUUAUGGAGGAGAACGAAACCAACCUGACCACCGGAGAGCGAAACUCUCUGGGCUGCGUGCAGAUCCGCAUCCCCCAGGAGCUCUUCCUGGCGCUGGGGCUCAUCAGCCUGGUGGAGAACAUCCUGGUGGUUCUGGCUAUCUACAAGAACCGCAACCUGCACUCGCCCAUGUACUACUUUAUCUGCUGUCUGGCCGUGUCCGACAUGCUGGUCAGCGUCAGUAACGUGGUGGAGACCAUGUUUAUGCUUCUCAACGACCACGGCCUGAUGGACGUGCACCCUGGCAUGCUCCGCCACCUGGACAACGUCAUCGACGUGAUGAUCUGCAGCUCCGUGGUGUCCUCGCUCUCCUUUCUGUGCACCAUCGCCGCGGACCGCUACAUCACCAUCUUUUACGCGCUGCGUUAUCACAGCAUCAUGACCACGCAGCGCGCCGUCACCAUCAUCGUGGUGGUGUGGCUGACCAGCAUCACCUCCAGCAUCCUCUUCAUCGUGUACCACACCGACAACGCCGUCAUCGUGUGCCUCGUGACCUUCUUCUGCACCACCCUGGUGUUUAACGCCGUGCUGUACCUGCACAUGUUCCUCCUGGCGCACGUGCACUCCCGGCGCAUUAUGGCUUUCCACAAAAGCAGGCGCCAAUCCACGAGCAUGAAAGGGGCGAUUACCCUCACCAUCCUGCUCGGGGUCUUCAUUCUUUGCUGGGGGCCCUUCUUCCUCCACCUCAUCCUCAUCCUCACCUGCCCCACCAGCCCCUUCUGCAACUGUUUCUUCAGAAACUUUAACCUCUUCCUCAUCCUCAUCAUCUGUAACUCUCUCAUCGAUCCGCUCAUCUACGCCUACCGGAGCCAGGAGCUGCGUAAAACCCUGCAGGAGCUGGUCCUGUGUUCUUGGUGCUUCGGCGUGUGACAGUGUACAUUUAGGAUGAAAUCGAAAGCAUCAGGUUAUCAACAAUGUCGGCUACCUCUUCUUCGAGAAUCAACAUUGUGUCAGAGGCUGAAGUAGCCCAAGCCGUGGCUAAUGCAUGCUUGAACUGGCAGAUGAUGCCCUUUUUAUAGGCUUACAACAAAGACUGUCUCUGAUCAAGAUUUUGGUACAUCUCAUCGGCUUCGGUUUUACUUAGUGUUGCGUUACGCCACUCAGUGCACAGGUUCACGCACUGCCAAACAUCUGGACAUGUAAUCCAGUAAUGACUCUCAACUAACAAUCAUUAGAUUGGAACUCAUGGACGAAAGAGUCAGAAGGUCACUGGACUCAACUAACCAACCAACUUUGUUAAAACAAAUACAAAUAUUUAAAGUCUUUCCCUUUGUAAAUAAACUUGGGUUUUCUUGUAUAUAAAAGUGCCUUUGUUUGUCUAAAUAUGUGACCUGUCUUAACUCUAAAGUUACCUUUUAAGAAAUCAAGAAAAGAAACUGAAAAUCUGCACUGGAAAACUGUUAAAUUAUAUCUCUAUUUCAUUAAAUAAUGUUGGUGUAAUGUAGUGUGUUUGCAUGUAUGGCCUAUAUAACUUAGCUUAUGGACACACUGCCAAUGAGACAUUAUAAAGACUUGGUGAAUCUGCUCAUAAAUGACUAAAUGUCUCUGCAUUAGGCCAGAAGCUGAAUGUUUUUCUUAGGGAACUACAUUUAAUAGAACUCGACGAAGUUUGAUAAAACAAGCUUUAAAGACAUUGUGAUGUGUUAUAGCCUAGAGAAGUAGCCUUAUUACCACGUGAGGUCUGGUGUUUGAUGUUUGUCCUGUCCGGGCCCUUUCAUUCAUUUGAACGCCGUCUGUUUCCUACUGUUUCAAAAGAAUUGCCUCAUUUGCGCAUCGCAUCAUCCGAAAAAGAGAUGCAUAAAUUCUAAUGAGAAUAAUAUUUACUUAAGCUACUAUUUAUUAUGAAAUUAUGAAAUGUAUUGAAUUUAGCAAUAAAUUGGUCUGGAUAAGUUGAUGAAGCGUGGUAUUGAAAAAGAGCAGGAACGAGGCCAGAUGAAAGAAAAGCGUUAAAAUGAUACGAAGCGUCUUAAAACGCUUGUUGGAGUCUAUUUGGUGGCUUUGCGUGAGGAUUACUCCCCCAAAAUAAAUGUCCGGAUGACUGAAGGAAAAAAAGGAUGGGCUAAAUCACAUGAACGGCCUCGUUUGGUUGUAGGCCUGAUGCCUAGGGCAUAAGAGGGUUUAUGAAAGAAAGCAUAUCGAAGUUAACGCCUAUUUCUGGACGUUUGUGCGGUUCUCUGAAAUAUGCAAACGGGGUUUGAGGCUGAUUUCAGUCAUGUAGGUCUGAUGGCCUCAGGGGAUGUUUUUGUAAAAUAUAUAUUUUAUUUUAACAUCGCUAUUAGACCGAUGUUUUUUUUUGUCUUUGUAACUGGCGCAGAAGUGAAAGCCAGGGAAAUAUAUGGAACCACCAAAAGACCCCUUAAGAAAAUUAAGAAGCUAACAUGUUUAAUCUUUAUUUUACUUAUUCUUUUGAUAUCCUAUUCUUUAUUGAUCCUAAGGAUAUGAUGUAAAUAGGACCUACAUUUUGAACUCUAAGUGAAAGGCAGUUAUAUUACUGUAUUUGAGCCAUAAAGUGUAAAUUUGUUUCUCCCAUUACACAGUCCUGGGGCAUAGGUGCUUUGGCACAAUUGUUUCCAAACUGAGUGAAAAAGACUCACAGAUCCCCACACCAGGCUGUCUGAGAUAAAAACAAUUAAACUUUACUGGUUAAAUGAUGGAAAUGUGAUGUAAUGUGAAAUGUGCAUGUUAAUACUGAGAAUAAUGUAGAUUGUUGUACACUGUAGUACUUGAAUAAUGCUUGCCAGAGUAUUUGCUGCUGAAUAAUAUAUCAUUUACACAGUCCCCACUGUUAUCACUGAAUUCAGUCCUUGGUAAUUUUCAGUGUCAUUUUUCAAUUGAUUUAGAAUGAUCACUUACUUUACUUUUUCUUUUUUGUAGUUUUAGCAGUAUUUUUGUUUCAUAACUUUAUGUUUAACUUCUUUUUUGUGUGGGAGUUGUUACAGAAGAUUGUGAAUGUACAGAAUGGUUGUCUAAGGUAAUAGCACUGUGGCACUCAGUACUUGGUUAUAUCCAAUAAACUAAACCUGGCUCAACAAUUGUAAAUGCUCUGGGUAUAAAAAAUAACAAGUUGUACAGUUAUAGAAGGAAUGUGUGUAUGUAAUCCUUGAAAUUGUUUACACGUUAUUUAUUAGUCUCAAAGAAAAGAGGCCAAAACAAGAAGAGCUUGUGCUAAAUGAAUGACAGUUAUUAUUGAUCACCCCUGUGAUAUAUUUAUCUUUCCUCUUGUUAUAUAUGCUUAGUUAGCAGGUUAUUCUAGCUAUUUGGAGACCAAAUAUCCAAACCAAGGCUUCAUUCAUGUGUUUCUUAACAAGAUAAGAGUGUGCAAAUGGCUCUGCAGUUAGCACCAUUAUAUGAUUACAGGUAUUAAAGUCUCUAUUCAUGACACCUUUACAAGUAUCUCUGCAAUAUCUGCUGAUAAUCUGAUAAUAAGAAGACAGAUGACAUGUAAACUUAACUGCUCACCCUUUAACAUUUAAGAGCAACAUGAACACUUUAUUUCUGUCAUAUUUUUUUUUUCAGCAGACAGAAGGACCAUUGAUAUAAAACACCACAGAGACGUUUUUGAAAUGCUCUGUUUUUAAACUCAUGAUCAAGUUCUGUAACUGUGCUGUAAAUAACAUCAUUGAAAGGAAGGGGAUUUCCAACUGGAACAAAUAUAAAUCCUCAUCCUGUCCUCAAGGAAGAAAUUAAAAAUCUUAAUUGUUUUAAAUCAUUCCAUAAAUUACUGGGUUUAUUAUAGUUCGCCCACAUCUGCAUCAUUGGGAAAAUAAAUAAAUAAAAUGUCAACUCACAGUUGAGAAAGAGCAAGAGUGAGAAAAUGUGAACAUGUACAUUUUCAAUAUAUUUUAAAAAAAUGUUCUUAACUUCUUUUGAUUUUUUUAACUUUACUUUUACUUUAAAUUUGUGUACCGAUGGUUUAAAACAAACAUACCAUUGUUUGGUUUAUUACCAUAAUCCUAUAUUUUGAACUUUUUGGUAUAGUGCUUGUUGUUUUAUAAGAUUAUGAGGUAAAUAAAAAAUGAAUAAAAAACCCUUCAUAAUGAUAUAUAGUGAUAAUUGGUGAUCUUUCUAAUCUGCCACUCUGACCAGCAUGUAUUUAAGAAAGCCUUUUAAAAAGCAUUUUUAAAGGGGAUAAUAAUAUAGGACAUAAAAUUAUAAGUGCAUUGUUUGUUAUUAAUAUUAAUAUAUGUAUAAUAUGUUUGAAUGCAUUAUGAUUUAAAUUAAAGAUGCAGUCCAUGUUCUUGAGAUCUGUGCUGACUUUGUUUGAAGACCAAACCUGACCUCAAUAUUGUAAAUCAAUAAAUUAAUGAAAUAAACAAAUGAAUUUGAA